CCCUCCGGGUCCUUCAUGUAGACGAAGAAAGAUGGCGGCGUCCAUGUUGUGCAGGAGGACGACUGCGUUAUGCAGGACUUUGAAGGGAUUUUCACCGUCAACAACCGCACUUUUUGCGAACUCCCAGUGUCCGUUGCAAUUGCAGACAGCGUCCUACAACCCCAGGCCUCUAAGGGUGAACAUCCGGGACCCGUACAUCCCGGACAAGAACAGCGAGAAGACGCCGGAAUGGCAGAAGACGGCCCGCCAUGACCGGAAGCUUUUCGGUCGCUACGGCUCAGCGUCGGGCAUCGACCCUGCCUCUCUGUGGCCCAGUCAUGAGGAGCUGGACGAAAUUAUCGCGGAAGAAAAAGAGUGGAAUCCUCCACUGAAGGUUAUGCUUAAAAACAUAGAAGCAAGGGAGAAGGAGGAAACUGCAAAACGGCUGGCAAAGGAGAAACUCAUAGCAGCAAACAUGGCCAAAAUGCCCAAGUUGAUCGCAGACUGGCGCAGGGAAAAGCGAGAAGCCAAGCUGAAGCAAAAGGCGGAGAAGGAGCGGAGAAGGAUGCUGCUGGCUAAGGCCAGAGAGCGUUUUGGCUACAUGGUGGACCACCGCAGCCACAAGUUCAAGGAGAUGAUGGCGGAAGUGGAGAAGGAUGAGAAGAAGAUGAGGAAACAAAUGAAACGCAGGCUGAAGGAGGAGCAGGUGGCGGGCGACGACGCCCCUCCUGCCGCCUCAUCAUCAUCAUCGUCGUAGCCUCGGACCGAGUCAUUUCAGGCCUCAGUGACUGUUGGACUGUUUCAUGAGAUGGAACCGGUUUUUGUGUUGUGUGAACCCCGAUCUCUUCUCCAGUAACCUGGAUUAAAUAAAAUUAGAAAAAAAAAAAUUCUGUGUAGGAAAAAAAAAAAGAUAUCGUUGAAAUAAAUUUCUGUACAGGCUGCAUUUUGUCAAAUCCUAUUAAAGGAAGAAUAGAAAUGUCA